GUUUUCGCAAUCGCCACGCGGAAUCGCGCGUAAAAACUCGUGAACUGCGUUCACGAUCGAUUGGGCCCGGGCCGAUGCGGCUGAUGAAACUGAGUGCAACGCGAUAGGCGAUCUGUUGCAGUGUCUCGCUAAUCGUGUAAUUUGCGUCGCGGCUUUGUGAAAAGCGAUCGUCGUCGAAACGCCGAUGGUCGUCGCCGCGUGUGUUUCCUUCUGAAAGAUGUGCCAUCGACGAAGACAUCGUCUUGCGCGAGGGAACGUAAUAAUUGACGAAGAGUCGAAAAAAUUUAACGAGACCUCGCGAAAAUUCGAUCGCGCACGCAACAAUAAAAUCGGUUUAUGAGCAAAUUGUAUUCGUAAGAGGACAUCCCUCCUGCUCUAGAAGUAAGUGAAACACCGAUGGAUGUUCGCGGAAGCAGUUCAAGAAGCGAAUUAUUACACUAAAACUUUUCUCUUAGGAGUUUUUUUAUAUUGAAUAAAACAUACAUUUUUUUGACAUCAUGGACGAUGAUAUCGAUGAUAAAGACGAUACAAAGAGAAAAUCGCGUAAUCUUAGCGAAAAGAAGCGCAGAGAUCAGUUUAACAUGCUUGUGAACGAGCUCGGCAGCAUGGUCAGUGCCAACACGCGAAAAAUGGACAAAUCCACAGUAUUAAAAUCGACAAUUCUAUUUCUAAAAAAUCACAAUGAGAUAGCAGUUAGGUCUAGAGUCCACGAGAUCCAAGAAGACUGGAAGCCAUCGUUUCUGUCUAACGAAGAAUUUACUCAUCUUAUACUGGAGGCGUUGGACGGAUUCAUCAUGGUUUUUUCGUCAAACGGACAUAUCUAUUACGUCUCCGAAAGUGUCACGUCUCUGCUUGGAUAUCUUCCGAACGAAUUAGAGAACACGACCAUUUACGACAUAACGUAUCAAGAAGAUCAGCCGCACUUGUACAACGUUCUGCUGAACGUUGGAACCACACAAGACAGACACAUUGUAAAAAAAGAGGAUCAAAUAUCCUUCACGUGCCACAUCAAAAGAGGCGGACUCAAUUUUCGGGAGGAUUUCUUCUACGAACUCGUUCAGUUUACCGGAUAUUUUCGUUCUGCUGUGGAUAGCGACGUUGACAAUCUACUGCCAAAUCAAAAAUUUAGUAACACCAGCGGAUCAGAUAACAAAUUGGUCUUCGUGGGUACGGGACGUCUUCAAACUCCCCAACUGAUUCGCGAGUUGUCCGUGACGGACAACGCCAAGUCGGAAUUCACGUCUCGCCACAGUCUCGAAUGGAAAUUCCUGUUUCUGGAUCACAGAGCGCCGCCCAUCAUCGGAUAUCUACCUUUCGAAGUGCUAGGCACUUCUGGGUACGAUUACUAUCACGUGGACGAUUUAGACAAUGUAGUUACGUGCCACGAAUCACUUAUGCAGAAGGGCGAGGGAACGUCCUGCUACUACAGAUUUCUCACAAAAGGCCAGCAGUGGAUCUGGUUGCAGACGAGAUUCUACAUCACGUACAAUCAGUGGAACUCCAAACCCGAGUUCAUCGUGUGCACGCAUUACGUGGUCAGUUACGUCGACGUGAUGAAGGAAUUGCGCGCGGAAUCGGGCGGUUACGAUGACAAAACGCAAAAUCAGGAUGUUUUACUGCCCGUAAAACAAAUGACGACGUCUUGUCAAACACCACUGACGCAAUGGUCAAACAAAUCGUCGAAGACAUCCAAAUCGGUGACGGUUCCUUCAAAUAUUCGGUAUCGCGGUGACGGUUCCAACACGUCUUCGGUGUCCGUUUCGUUGCGAAGUUCUCUGCAGUCGCCGAUAACACACGGAUCGCGAUCAAACGCGGCUUCCGCGAGCAGUUCGGUCGUGUCAAAGCCGAUAGCAUCAGUGGACAGCAGACAGCAGCAACAACAAACGCAACAGCAGCCUCAGCCGCAACAGCAGCAACAACAACAGCCACAACAACAAUUGGACAUCAACCAGUCGUGUAUCAAUUUCAUGGAUUCCUCGCAAUAUGCAACGGUUAAUUUACAAUCGGUCGUUACGGCGGGAUUCGCGACACCUGCCACUCCCAUUCUCUCGACUGUGCCCACUCACGAGAUGCUGCAGCAAGGCUUGGUGAUGACUCCCACGCAGAACCAAAUACAGGACGAAUUGCAACGGAAACACGAGGAGCUUCAGCAGCUGAUUGUUCAUCAGCAAGAAGAAUUGAGAAGAGUCUCGGAACAAUUGUUUAUCGCUCGAUACGGGAUUCUCACGCCAUUACUCAACGCGGGUAUACCGUACAAUCCAUCAAAUCCAUCGUGUCAACAGGCGAACAGGUGCAAUACCAACAGCACCAACGUGCAGGGCGUGAACGUGCUUCCCAUACCGAUCACCGUGCCAGUGCCUAUAGUGUCCACGGAACUGUUCUCGCACCCCCUGCAAGUGAGCCCGGGCUCGACCCACGGUAAUGGCAAUGUAGGUGCCAUAAUUCCGUCCCAACAACAGCCACAACAGAUGCAACAGCAACAGCAGCAACGUCUGUCGCAGCAGGAAGACUCGAGCAAUCCCGAGCUCGUGUCCUUCCAGAUUUGUCCGCAGCAAGCCGAAAUGAUGUACGGCAACAUCGAGCCGUCCUCAAAUCAGCAACAAAGACCCGCGCAAAACUGAAAACACCUCGCAUUUGUCUGUUUUAUCAGAGAGAAGUAAGAAUUGAGGAACUUUCUUCUUCCAAAACUCUCUUACUUUGUGGCAGUAAGGAAAUUGCAAGACAAUAUACUUGUCGCCGUAUAAUUGCGCGUUAUUCCACACUUGCGGAAGAAUCGAGCGACAUAUCUGUGUUACAAGUAAAAUGCUCUAAGAAAUCGCGAUAAUAAAGUGCCGUUUGUGAUGUAAUUGAUAUUGCAUAAACUAUCAGAUAUAACGUCUGCGUUUCAACAGUGUUCAAUUUCUAACAUAUCUUUCCUCGGUGUCAUUAUGUUCGAUCGUCGAAUAUUCUAGCUAUCUAUUAUCUGCAAUCGAUAAAAUGCAAAAUUACAUCCAGAAAGUAUAAUUUAUAUCUUUGUAAUAUGAGAAAUUUCUGAACCAGAAUUUACUGUGCAGAGGAAAAUGCAGUGACAAAAUGUAUUUUAUAGAUAUAUGUAUAUUGUGUAUAAAAUUAUAGAAAAAAUUUUCUAUAUUGUCACACACUCACACACAUACACAUAAGUUCGGAAAGGGGACCAACUCCGCAUUUUCCGGAACAGGGUAUAUAUAUAUAUAUAUUCACAUUAUUUAUAUGGUGGUAAAGAAAGUAAUAUAUAUUUUGUUGUACGUGUACACACACACACACACACACAUGUGUAUAAUGUUACCAUUUUUAUACAUAUCUGUAUAAUUGUAAUUACGAAUAUAUGUUAGAUUGUUAUGAUAUUUCAUAAUUGUUGCUCUUCUCGAUGACGAUGAAAAUAUCAUGAGUACGUAUGUAAGACAAAAAACAUUCCGAUAAACAAAAUCACGAUGUAUAAAAAUAUGUUCAAAUUGAUGUGAUAAUAAUGUUCUUUAAGUAAACAAUGGAGAAUAUAAAAUACAAAUACAAAUUUUGUGACAGUAGAUAUUGAAUACUAAUAAAUAAAUAAUUUUUGGCAAAAAAACUUAAUUUUAAUAAUUUUUAGUAUUUGUACGAUACGUGUAACAUAUGUAUGUUUGAAGAUAAUAAUCAAGUUUUUGGAGAAAUUUGAGAAAUAUAUCUGUAAUUUUACAAUGCUGCGCAUAAUGUUGAGUAAGUGGUUUUCUGUUUUUGCCGGUAACUGUGUAAAUUUGCUACUUUUAAUAAAAUGAAAAAACAAAUCAUCAAGGACAAAAAGCGUUUCCGAUGUAUAUUUAUACAUACAGUGUUUAUUUAAUACACUUGAGAAAGAUUACAAAGUUGUUUUAUUACCUCCUCCACAAAAAUAAUAAUCUAUAUUAUUAUGUGUAUUACUUAAAAAAAAGAA